AUGAUCAUCCCCAUUCGGUGCUUCACCUGCGGCAAGGUGAUCGGCAACAAAUGGGAGCCGUACCUCAACCUCCUCCAGGCGGAGUACACUGAAGGUGAUGCCCUCGACGCCCUGGGCCUGAAGCGGUACUGCUGUCGGCGAAUGCUGCUCGGUCACGUCGACCUCAUCGAGAAGCUGCUGAACUACUCGCCCGUGGAAAAGUCAUAG